GCGAGCGAUGGAUGAGGACAACAUGACGAGGAGCGAGGAGCAGCAGCUGAGUCUGCAGAAGGCGCUGCAGCAGUGCGAGCUGGUCCAGAACAUGAUCGACAUCAGCAUCUCCAACCUGGAGGGGCUCCGCACCAAGUGCGCCGCCUCCAACGACCUCACGCAGAAGGAGAUCCGGACCCUGGAGAGCAAGCUGGUCAAGUACUUCAGCCGGCAGCUGUCCUGCAAGAGGAAGGUGGCCUUGCAGGAGCGCAAUGCCAAGCUGGAGGGCUUCCCCCAGCUCCUGCACUGGUUCCGCAUCGUCAACAUCCGCAAGGAGGUGAUGGAGGAAAUCGCCCCUGGGCAGCUGAGCCUGGAGGAGCUGCUGGACAUGACCGACGACCAGGUCUGUGCGACCGUGGAGAAGUUUGGAGCCAACAGCGAGGAGUGUGCCCGCCUGAACGCCUCCCUCUCCUGCCUCCGCACCGUCCACAAGUCCGGCGGCAGCCUCUCCAAGCAGGAUUGGACCAUCCAGUGGCCCACGACGGAGCCGGGGAAGGAGAACAGCCCCGGGUGCCAGCCGGAGCCGGGACAGUGGGGCAGGACGCACCUCUCGCAGAGCCCCAAGGUCCAACCCAAGUGCGGGCAGCAUCACUGCCACGCGGGCUCGCCCCACGGACCCAUGUACACCCACGUGGACCGACUGACCGUGGAGGGUCACCCGGGGCUGUGCCCACCCGUGGAGUCCGGCCACCGUUCCUUGCCGCCCUCCCCGCGCCAGCGACACGCCGCUCACACCCCUCCGCGUACCCCCAACAUCGUGACCACCAUGACGCCGCCGGGCACGCCGCCGGUACGACGGAGGAAUAAACUGAAGCCCCCCGGGACGCCCCCGCCAUCGUCGCGAAAACUGAUCCAUCUCAUCCCCGGCUUCACCGCCCUGCACCGGAGCAAGUCCCACGAGUUCCAGCUGGGGCAUCGCGUGGACGAGGCUCACACCCCCAAAGUCAAGAAGAAGAACAAGCCCUUGAACCUCAAGAUCCACAACAGCGUGGGAAGCUGUGAGAACAUCCCCGCGCAGCGUUCCCCGCUCCUCUCUGAGCGCUCCCUGCGCUCCUUCUUUGUGGGGUACCCGCCUUUCCUCCCUUCCACCCCUCCUGUCCACACCGAAGCCACCUUCUCAGCAAAUACGCUGUCAGUGCCUCGCUGGUCCCCGCAGAUCCCCCGUCGAGAUCUAGGAAACUCGAUAAAACACAGGUUUUCCACCAAGUACUGGAUGUCUCAGACCUGCACCGUCUGCGGGAAAGGAAUGUUGUUCGGCUUAAAAUGCAAAAACUGCAAGCUCAAGUGCCACAACAAAUGCACCAAAGAGGCCCCUCCGUGUCACCUGCUGAUCAUCCACCGCGGAGGGAGACGAGCCGUUCGGGGCGAGGCAGAUUUGCAUUGCAAACCACUUCCACCCACCCUUCCCCUGCCUCCUUUUCUUUUCAGAUUCCCCACCGCACGGGCAAGGUUAGUCCGGACAGAGUCGGUGCCCUGUGAUAUCAACAACCCCUUGCGGAAACCCCCCAGGUAUUCGGACCUGCACGUCAGCCAGACGCUCCCCAAAACCAACAAACUCAACAAGGACCACAUCCCGGUGCCCUACCAGCCAGACUCCAGCAGCAACCCCUCCUCUACCACCUCCUCCACACCCUCCUCGCCGGCCCCACCGCUGCCGCCCAGCGCGACACCCCCGUCCCCGCUGCACCCCUCCCCGCAGUGCCCACGCCAGCAGAAGCAGUUCAACUUGCCAGCUUCCCAUUACUACAAGUACAAGCAGCAGUUCAUUUUCCCAGACGUGGUGCCCGAGACGCCGACCCGAGCCCCGCAGGUGGUCCUCCACCCCGUCAACUCCAACCCCAUCCUGGAAGGAAACCCAUUGCUUCAAAUUGAAGUGGAGCCCACCUCGGAGAACGAGGAAGGCACCGAGGAGGCGCAGGAGUCUGAGGACGACUUUGAAGAGAUGAACCUCUCGCUCCUCUCUGCACGCAACUUCCCCCGCAAGGCCAGCCAGACCAGCAUCUUCCUCCAGGAAUGGGACAUCCCCUUCGAGCAGCUCGAGAUCGGCGAGCUCAUCGGCAAGGGCCGUUUCGGGCAGGUCUUUCACGGGCGCUGGCACGGGGAGGUGGCCAUCCGCCUCAUCGACAUCGAGCGGGACAAUGAAGACCAGCUGAAGGCCUUCAAGAGGGAGGUGAUGGCGUACCGGCAGACCCGGCACGAGAACGUGGUGCUCUUCAUGGGAGCCUGCAUGAGCCCUCCCCACCUUGCCAUCAUCACCAGCCUGUGUAAAGGACGGACUCUCUACUCGGUGGUGAGAGAUGCCAAAAUCGUCCUGGAUGUCAACAAGACAAGGCAGAUAGCACAAGAAAUUGUGAAGGGAAUGGGCUACCUGCAUGCCAAGGGGAUCCUUCACAAGGACCUCAAGUCAAAAAACGUUUUCUAUGACAACGGGAAGGUGGUGAUCACAGACUUCGGCCUCUUCAGCAUCUCGGGAGUUCUCCAAGCAGGCAGGCGGGAGAACAAACUGCGGAUCCAGAACGGCUGGUUGUGCCACCUCGCCCCGGAGAUCAUCCGCCAGCUCUCGCCAGACACCGAGGAGGACAAGCUGCCCUUCUCCAAGCACUCGGAUGUCUUUGCACUGGGCACGAUCUGGUACGAGCUGCAUGCACGGGAAUGGCCCUUCAAGACGCAGCCGGCGGAGGCAAUAAUCUGGCAGGUGGGAAGAGGGAUGAAGCCCAACCUCAGCCAGAUCGGGAUGGGCAAGGAGAUCUCGGACAUCCUCCUCUUCUGCUGGGCCUAUGAGCAAGAGGAGAGACCCACCUUCACCAAGCUCAUGGACAUGCUGGAGAAACUGCCAAAGCGCAACCGUCGCCUUUCCCACCCCGGGCACUUCUGGAAGUCGGCGGAGCUGUGACGGGAGGAGUUAAGGGACGGUGCCUUCCUCCCCCUGCAGUUCUCCUCUUCUUCUCCGCUUCCCACCCUGUGUUACAGAGGAGCAGCGGGCACCACGGGCCGACAGCGGGAUGGGAAUGAGCCUCUUCCCCCGCAGAGUUUCACCCCAUGAAGCCUCUGCAAGGGCUGGAGGAACCGAGCCGGCGGCCGAGCCCCGGGAACGCCCGGCUGCGGUGGGAUGGGGACGGCAAGCGGCUCUCUGUGCACAUGGGGUCGGGUCUCGGGCUGGUUCCCCGCCGAGCAGGGGCAACCCAUGAGGCAGACGGCUUCAAUUUAACCCCAGGGCUCCUCUGAUCCCAAUCGGCAUGGUCAGUGCUCGUAAUGCUGGGUUGGGGAGGGGUUGCUUCUUGGUUCUUGGUGGGUUUAUUUAAUUUCCUUUAUUAUUUUUUUUUUUAAUGGAAAAAAAAGAAGGAAAAUGUUGCUGAUUCAUGAGUUUAGCGCUGGAACCUGCCGCGGCCAGGGAGUGCCGCCGCUAUUAGCUGCCCCCCGUGGGGAAAUGCAUCUGCAGAGCCGGAGCUGGAGGAGUCCUGCUCCCCCGCGCCUCGGCAGCCCCUUCAUGGGCAGCGGUGACCUUUCACAAGUGGCCUCUCUACCUCCCGGCCAUGCCCACUUACGUUUCCCCCCUGGGGUCUCCGUCUCGGCAGGGCACAUCUCCACAUUCCUGUUAAUUUAGCUGUUUGCCCCGGUGUGUAUCUAAUCAGCGAGCCUUUCCCUCUCACCCUCCCCGGCGCUUCUUUGCUCUUGGCUUUGAUCUUUGCUCCCAAAGGUGCUGCCGAAGCCCCAGGUUUGGGGAUGCUCUGGGACUGGGCAGAGCGGGGCGGCUGGGGUUGGGGUCCUUCCCCUCUCCCGUUGCCUUCCCCGGGCCCGGUGCCGGAGCCAGGGAUGCAGACAGGCUCUGGUUGUACAGAGCAUCUCCCUUCCCAGCCCCAGCACGGGAGCCGUGGACAUCUCAGCUGAACAAACAGCCAUGCCCAGGACCGUUUUUCCUUGCAUAUUCAUCUUCCAUCAGCCAAAUCCCAGACCUCACCAAAGAGAUGAUCUUUGGGCAGCGUCUCAGAGCCGGUGUUGCCAUCUGAAUACCGUGUGCUGGUAUUUCCCUCUCCCCAUCAGCUGGGAUGGGCCCUCGAGCCCAUUAGAUGAGCUGUCAAGUGACAGAUGAUAGCAAAUUGCGUUUUCAGGCCCUUAUUGAGCGUAAUUGCUUGACAGGAACCAUCCUGAAUAAUUCAAUCGUAGUCUAAGUUAGCUUUAAUUUGGAGACAUGACGAGGCUCUGCAAACUAACUAGCCCUGGUUUGUUUGCUGCUCCUCUAACUCCCCCGUGCUGGCAUUUGAACCACUUUAGCAUAAGUAAAUGAAGAUUAGAAACCUAAUUGCAGCUAGGAAGAGAUGUUACUUUAAUCAUGGGGGUCUGUACGAAGGUGCUUUUAUUUCUUAAAAUUUGCACACGUGCAUAUGUAUAAAAUCUGAGGUGGGCAGGAGCAGGGGGAGUGAAUCUGGCCUCCAAGCGUGCUGGCAGGGGGUCGGUCUGGAUGAGUCUCCUGCUGAUGCUUUUGGGGCAUUUGCUGUGCCAUGCGGUCGCAUCUCGCUCUCAGAUGUUUUGCAUGAAGUGGGGAUGAGGCAGGAUCACCUGCUUCUGCCUUUGACGCUGAGGCCAAGUGGGAGGAGCAGGCGAGGGCAGGAUGAGCCCUCGUUUGUGCUAAUUGCCCCCUGCACCAGGCAGUACGGGCGGUUUGUGGUCCCUGGGUGUGAUGCUACAGAGCUCAGCGUAGGUGGCUGAGCAUCACCUCAUCCCGGUGAUGAAGAAGGAUGUUCCAUGGCUGUUUGCCCUCUGCCUCCUCCACAUUCCACCUCUUCCAUCGUUAACACCCCCCCCCCCAUCUUCUUCAUCCUGCCGCAGGAGCGAUGUCCUCUGCCGCCCGUCCUCCCCAUCCCAACCCUUCCCUGCUGUCUCAUGCCCCCUCCAUCCUCUGCGUGUGUGCGCACGUGUGCCAUAAACGUUGCACUAAGCCUCAGAGUCUCUCUGAGUUUUCACCAAUGCCUUCACCUGCGGUGGUGCCGCCGGGGUCUGUGGGAGGGAGCACACUCCCGUCGCCGGAGGUCUCGGCUGCCGGGGGGGCGCGGGGAGGUCUCACCAUGAAAUCACCGGUCCCAAAACCACAUUCAGAUGGAGCGAUGGCUGUAGAAAGGUGGUGUCCUUCUCACUCGGUGGUUUUAGUUUCUAAGCAGGCGUGAACUUCCUAGGCGAGCAGUAGCAAGUGGAACGUGUUGGAAGGAUGAAGGAGGUGAUACCAUGGGCGAUGCUCAGCACUGGGGCUGGCAAAAUGCUGUAGCUUGAUAGACGUUGUGCAGAUUCAUGGUGGAAAGUACAACGUCCGUCUUGAAAGACUUGCUGUGGGUUUGCUCUCUGUGCCCCAAGCCCACUACUUGCCUCGAAAGUCUCACCUUGACAUGUCCCUCCUACAGGGUCUCACUAGCCCUUGGCAGACGCCUGCUCUAUUUUAUCAGCCGAGACUCAAGGAAACAAGUGAACUGAUGAGCAUGUUGGUUUGGUUACCCCACGGCAUCAGGUCCUCACCAGGAGCACAGGGCUCUCUGCAGCAGCCUCGGCCAAACACUUCUCCCCUGGAUUUUGGGCACCUGAAAGGAGCAAAGUGCUCCUAUAGCCAACAAAUCUUGCCAACUCUUCCCUCAUCUCCCUCCUCUUUCUCCCCCCCUUCCCUCACUGUAACGUCUCAGCCGGGCCACGAGCAGAGCCAUUGCACAAUAGUAUCGACAGAAAAAUAGCUGCCCUGUAUUUAUCAUAAAUUAGCUCAGAAGAGCAGCUCCUUCCCUUCCAUUCAGCGCAGCAACGGUUGUUUAUGCAGCCGUGUUAUUUGCAUCAUGCCUUCUUAUUUUCGAAAGUCUUAAUUAUUAAAAAAAACCAAACCAACAAAUCUUACUUUUUUUUUGUUGUUGUUCUUUGUUUUUUGACUCUGGCUUUGUGAGGGUUUUUUUUUCCCCCGGUUUAAAAAUAUCCAGCCCUUCAGCAGGGAGAGAAUGUAGGAGAAGCUCUCCACAAUGCCCUCUAAUAGGAGAUCCGAAGGAGCGAGAAGGUCCAUCCGGUGGCUCAGUUUAGCUGCGUGAGCUAGAGGAGAGACAAGGGUUAUUUCCAGAUGCGCCAGGCGAAAGCGGAGCCAAUUUUAGCACGGUGGUGGUUUGAGCAGCAGCUUGAGACGUCGGGAACCAUCCCCAACCCCAGGGUACAUCCCCGGGCUCUUGCAGCGGAGCAGCCCCAGCAAUGCUCUCCUGGCCUUGCUCCUCCAGCUUUCAGCUGCUUCACCCUUUCGGUCACGCUCCGAGGCUCUUCCCCGAGCUUCCCAGUCCCUGAGCUUGCUGCUGUCUGAGUUUUUUUCCAGCGUUUCAGUGCUCAUGGGGAACACGGUGUUUGGGGCUGGGUAGUGAAGCCGCUACCAGUGAUGGAAGUGGGGGUGCUGCAUGGCCCUGAAGCACUAUGUCCUCCUUUGGCUGCUAAAUUAUAGCCCCUGGUCCUGCUGCUGCUUCUACCCACCUUUCCUCCCAAAUUAUCCAAAUCCUCGCUGAGCCAUGACUGGGUGGCUCCUGGGGAUGCUGAGCUCAGAGUCCAGCCCCGAUGACUUUUAUCCAGUACUUGACCACAGCAGGAGCCGAGAUGAUUAAGAUUUAAGGCAGACGGGAGGCAGAAAUGAAUGUCUUGGAGGCGGAGGAGCUGCUCAGUCUUUGCUAGAUGCUAUGGAAGAGUUGGUGGAAGGCUUGGUCUCUUUGGCCACGCUAAAGAGAAGGGUGAUGUGAUGGUGGUGCCAUGAGAUGCUGUCUGCACCCCCCAAGUGCCGCGGGGAGCCCCAGGUCAAGCCCACUAGCGGCCAGCGCUCUGCUGGGCGCCUUCGCUUUCCUUCCUCCUUUCUUCGCCACUUACUUAUUUUAAUUUAUUUUUAAUUUUUUUUUUUUUUUUUUUUGCAAAUAGUGAUUCUUUGGGAAGCUUGGUCAGCUGCAAAAGCCUUCUUUAAUUUCCAGUCUCUGUAAAGUACGCUGUUACAUUUUCUUGUACAUAAGGUAUAUAUAAAUAUAUAUACAUAUCUCUAUAUGUAUGUAUAUAGAUAUAUACAUAUAUAAUGAGCUCUAAAUCCUGUACAGUUUCAAACUGAACUCGAUGGCCUGCUUUGUUUUCUCUGUGUUAGUUCUGACCGUUGCAGAAUGAGCUGACUUUCAUUUCCCUUUUCCUCUUUCCCUUUUCUUUUUAUAAAUAUAUACAUAAAUAUAUAUAUAUAUAUUUUGUUGUCGUUGUUGCAAAACUCUCGUCACUGGAAAAGAACAGUUGAUUCUGGUGCAAAAAAAUUAUCACCCACAAACCAACAAAAAAAAUUGCUGAGAAAGGCACGAUGGAUCUCCCCGAUGUAAAUUUGUACAGUAACAUUUAUAACGUUUUCUACACUUGAAGAAAGUAUUUAUAAUUUCAGCUGUCUGACUGAGUGCGAAUCUCUGUGACCUGCAGAAAUGGAUAGCCAUUUGUUCCCGUGGUUUCUCGUGCAGUGUUUGGUGAGGUGACAGUGUAUGAAUUAUUUAUGCCAAUAAAAAAAAAAAAAAAACAAAACCCUUUGAAAA